AGCCAGCCAACAACCGCUACUUUCCAGGCAUUUUCUCCUGACACGUUUACAGUUAUUCUAGAUUUUGUGUAUUCAGGCAAACUGUCUCUCACUGGUCAGAAUGUGAUCGAAGUCAUGUCGGCCGCUAGCUAUCUGCAGAUGACCGAUGUUAUCAGUGUGUGUAAAACGUUCAUUAAGUCGUCGCUGGACAUCAGUGAGAAGGAGAAGGAUCGCUACUUCAGCCUCUCGGACAAAGAUGCAAACUCGAACGGCGUGGAGCGAUCCUGCUUGUACAGCGCAGGCUGGAGGGCGGAGAGCAGCCCCCCGCAUUCGCACUUGAGUCCGGACCAAGGGACAUGUAUGAUGGGUGGAAACACUUGGAGCAAUUUCAGCUACUAUCCGACUUCUCAAAGAAAUGCCCAGCAGCAGCUGUCCAAACAUGAGCAGCGGCAGGAUUCCAUGAAGAAAUCCCGGCACCUGGGACUGCAGCAGCCUUCUGACAUUCCUCACUAUAAAUCAAGCAAACUGGAGGACAGGGCUGCUGAGCCCGCUGGCCAUAUUACUCAGUCUGAGGAGCAAGUUCAGAUCGAAGCAGAAGUUGAAUCCCCUCACGUGGGAUACCAGUAUGGCCAAGGGUCUGACGUGAUGCCGAGGAGCUUGGCUGUGUCACAGCAGGAGCACGAAUCGCCCCGUUCUUCCAGUAAAUCGAAGUCCUCGAAAGUGGAUGAGCAGUACGCGAGCAUGCCCUCCAUCCUGAGUGUCAUGGGCAGCUGGGCUGAAGAUGAUCUGCCCAGGAUGAGGUUCAAGUGCCCAUUCUGCACUCAUGUGGUGAAAAGAAAAGCAGACCUGAAGCGUCACCUUCGCUGUCACACAGGAGAGCGCCCUUACCCCUGCGAGGCAUGUGGGAAAAGAUUCAGCAGGCUGGAUCACCUAAGUAGCCAUUUCCGAACAAUUCAUCAGGCUUGUAAGCCUAUCUGCAGAAAGUGUAAACGCCACGUGACGGAGCUGACAGGACAAGUGGUCCAAGAGGGGACAAGGCGUUACAGACUCUGUAAUGAGUGUUUGGCUGAAGCUGGCAUAGACAGUAUUCGCAUUGACUUGGAGGCUGAAGCACCCCUUGAAUUCCCACAGGAUGGGGAUAAGGAUUCCAGGUGGCACUAUGGGGAAGACAACAGAUCUGAUGUGGAGAUUGUGGAGGACGGGUCGAACGACUUGGUCAUUCAGCAAGUAGAUGACAGUGAGGAUGAAGCAGAUGAAAAGGAAGUAAAACCAAAUAUUAGGUAGUUGCAAGACAAGAAUUAGGAUUCCAUGUAAGAGGGAGAAUGUACUGUCUUGCCCAUAAGCCCUCCACCAGCCUGUUGCUAAUCAUACAGGGACGUUCUGGUUUCUCUUGAACAGGUCCAGACUUGCAUGUAUUUAUGGACAUGCCGUUAAGUCCAUCCUUAGUUUUGUCACCAGAAUACCCAUACUUCGCUUCAUUAGAAAGAAUCC